GGGAUGUUGAGGACGGCAGGGGAGGAACUCCGGGCCCCCAGGCGGGUCUGGCGUCCAUGGAGACACUCGAUGACAGCAACGGAUCACACAAGGUGGACGAUGAGAAGAAGGAUGAAGCCGAAAUGGAAACUGUCAAACUGGACAUCGGAACUGACAAUAAUGGUGGAUUUGAAACAGAGAAGCCAGCUUUGAGCGACGAAGACGAAGAGCAUUCCAAGUGGGACAUUCCCGAGUGCUGUAGACGGUCGGCCAUUGUCCAGAGAAUCACCGAGUAUCAGACGCUUGGAGUCAUAGUACUCGUGUUCCUGUUCAUGAUAGUUUUCAUCCUGGUGUCUCUGCUGUUCUUUGGAGGUUCCCGGCCUCCGACCAAUGCUCCAAUCUACAACGGAAAAUAUGUCAAGGCCGUCACCAGCUGUGGAAAUGUUGAAGGAAUGCUGGAAGAAGGUGUGUUCGCGUUCAGAGGCAUUCCGUACGCUCUGCCGCCAGUCGACGAGUUGCGCUGGAAGCCACCCAAGGCGUUCGACCUGAACACGUGCUGGAACGACACGUUUCGCGCCCACAACUCGUCGGCGCACUGCUGGCAACGCUACAACAACGCAUCCGUCAACGGGGCGGAGGACUGUCUCACCCUCGACGUGUUCACGCCAUAUGUGCGGUAUCACUCGCCCCUGCCGGUAGUGGUACUAGUAGGCAGCGACACACUGGCAGGCGGUUCACCGGGCCAAGCGGUGGCGUCGCCGCGCAUCGCCCGCAACAAGGAGCUGGUGCUGGUGCGACCCAACUUCCGCCUCGGGCCACUCGGCUUCCUGGCGGCGCGACCGCUCACCACGGCCACGCAUCCGCCCACUUCCGGCAACUACGGCCUGCACGACUUAAUCGCCGCACUAAAAUGGGUGCAGCUCAACGCCGAGCACUUUGGAGGUGAUCGCCAGCAGGUCACUGUGUUGGCGCAUCGCGGAGGUGCGACGCUGGUCGCGGCGCUCACUGCUAUACGCAAGCCUGAGAAACUAUUUGCCCGUGCUUGGCUGUCGAGUGGAUCUGCAGUCUUUCCUGACGAACCACUCAUGGACUCUGAGAACAGAAACCGACAAUAUCUGGAGAAAUUGAAGUGCGAUCAUUAUGGAUCUCUCAAGUGUCUCCUCGAUCAAGACAUGGAAGAGCUGACCGACCAGGUGCCGUUGGAAUGGUGGUACAAGGCGGCCGAACUGCCCACCGCUGAGGAGAACAUGACCGCUGUCCACCAAUGGCUGGUGACCGACGGGAAAAUCAUCAAGGAGCAUCCGAGUCACGUCUGGGCCAAGGAACCGCUCAAGAUACAACUCGUUUUCGGAACAACGGCGCACGCUGAAGCCAGCUUGGAUCUGAAGCGCAAGAGCGCGGAGUGGAACGUUGAGGAUGUGGCUCUGAUGGUGCGGAGCAGUGUGCUGUCCGGCCUGGGAUUGGCUGAGGAGGCGCUGCGUCGCUACAACACCACCUACCCGGGUCUGGCCGCCAUGGUUUCCGACAUUCGCACCGUUUGUCCCCUCCUCACAGUCGCCAAGCAGAUACAGGGUGCCGGCUUCUACGUUGUUACUCAGACCCACGACGAUGACAUGGUCGAUCCUGACGCGGAUAUCAAAGCAAUCCUGGGCCACUACCCGACGCGCACGCCCGAGGAGCGUCGCUACGUCACCUCCAUUCAGCAGAUGUUCUAUCGGUACGUUGCACACGGCACAUUCGACACGAUUCCCUCGGACGCCAGCCAGAACCGACUCAUUAUGCUGGGCCAAGACCCUCUGCCCGCCAUCGAGUAUCCAAACUGCGACUAUUGGGUCAGCAAGGAUAUUGUGCCCAAAUACGCCCGCGUCCACUAGGCGAGCAAUGUGGCUUCUACCUAACCCAAUCUCGUUCUAUCUAUUUGAAAAAGAAUUCUCAGAUGACAUUCUUCUUAAUAUACCGUAACCGUACCAACCCAGGUCCACUAAAUUCGGAUGACGAGCAAUUUGGCUUCAAGAUAACUCAAUCUCAUUCUAUGUAUUUGAAAAAGAAUUAUGAUAUUCUCCCUCAUAUGAUACGCUUUCUUAAUAUACCAACACAGGUUGGGGACAAGGAGAAGGAACACAUAAUAAUAAGUCAAAAAGAAUUAUGAUAUUCUUCCUCAUAUGAUACUCUUUCUUAAUAUACCAACACAGGUUGGGGACAAGGAGAAGGAACACAUAAUAAUAAGUCUAUCAUAGAAGACACAGUGAGGUUGAGAUUAUGAAAGAGAACAUCUUGUGUUAGAAGAAAAAGGAAAAUCUAUGAUAAGUCUAUCUAUAAUAAUUAUGAUCUAUGGUAAGUUCAUUAUCGAUUUGUAAAGCCUUUGAAGGUGGAAGGAAAGAGAGAGUUCGUUGAAGAUUUAUUUCACUUGAUCUACUUGAGUUGUUUGUGAAGCAACCGAAUUUGUUCAAGUCUACUAAACAACUUGAUGUGUCAUGUUUUAAUGGUAAGUGUACUAUU